UGCUUUUGUGUUGAUGUUUUCUUCUUUUUGACAUUACCUAGUUUGAGGUGUCGUCAUAUUAUAUUAACACAUGAGUGUGUCACUGGUUGUUAUCCGUUUGGAGCUAGCGGACGAAUCUCUGUUUCCACAAGAUUUUCAGUACAACGCUGUUGGAGACAUGUCAGAGGAGGAGUUCGAGGAAAAGGCCCUGGGGUCCGCCAAGGCCACGCUGAGCGGGAAGACGGACCUGGAGAGGACGGCCAUCCUGCAUCAGCAUAUCGGCAGCAGGGCCAUGACGGACAUGGUCAUCGAGACCCUCAGCCCCAGCUCAGAUAAGAGUGUGGAGACAGACUCUGGAGGAACUGAUGAUGGAGAGGAGGAGUCCCCUCAACAAGAGGGGAACCCGAGCCCCUCAGAGGAGAGGCCUGGCAGCAGAGGUGCUAAAGACACCACAGAGGGGGGCACAACCCCCGACUCCCCCUCCAAGCAACUGCCUGACCAGAUCUCCUUCUUCAGUGGCAACCCUUCUGUCGAGAUUGUCCAUGGCAUCAUGCAUCUCUACAAGACAAACAAGAUGACAUCGCUGACUGAGGACGUGCGGCGCAGCGCCAUGCUCUGCAUCUUGACGGUCCCUGCCACCAUGACCAGCCACGACCUCAUGAAAUUUGUGGCGCCGUUCAAUGAUGUCAUGGAGCACAUGAAGAUCAUUCGCGACUCCACGCCGAACCAGUACAUGGUGCUGAUCAAGUUCAGUGCUCAGGCUGACGCCGACAGCUUCUACACCACCUGCAACGGCCGGCAGUUCAACUCCAUCGAGGACGCAGUCUGCCAGCUGGUCUACGUGGAGAGGGCAGAGGUCAUCAAGUCUGAUGAGGGAGCCAGUCUGCCAGUGAUGGACCUGACAGAGUUGCCCAAGUGCACCGUGUGUCUGGAGCGCAUGGACGAGUCGGUCAACGGCGUACUGACCACCCUCUGCAACCACAGCUUCCACAGCCAGUGUCUGCAGCGCUGGGAGGACGCCUCGUGCCCUGUCUGCAGGUACUGCCAGACCCCCGAACCUGUAGAGGAGAACAAGUGUUUCGAGUGUGGCGUGCAGGAGAACUUGUGGAUCUGCCUGAUCUGCGGCCACAUUGGCUGCGGGCGCUACGUCAGCCGCCACGCCUACAAGCACUUUGAAGAGACGCAGCACACCUACGCCAUGCAGCUCACCAAUCACCGCGUGUGGGACUACGCUGGAGAUAACUAUGUCCACCGAUUGGUGGCCAGCAAGACAGACGGUAAAAUGGUGCAGUAUGAAUGUGAGGGGGACUCUUGCCAAGAUGAGAAGAUCGACGCCUUGCAGCUGGAGUAUUCUUACUUGCUGACAAGUCAGCUGGAAUCCCAGAGGAUUUACUGGGAAAACAAAAUCGUCCACUUGGAAAAAGAUACUGCAGAGGAGAUUAACAACAUGAAGGCCAAGUUCAAGGAGACGAUUGAGAAGUGCGAUAACCUGGAGCGCAAGCUGGGCGAGCUGGCCAAGGAGAAGCAGUCCGUGGAGAAGAAGUGCACCCAGCUGAGCAACAAGGUGACCAAGCUGUCGCAAGAGCUGAAGGAGGAGCAGGAGAUGAACCGGUGCCUGCGGGCCAACCAGGCCCAGCUGCAGACGCAGCUCCGCGAGGAGGAGCGGCGGGCACGCGAGGCCGGGGACUGCAAGGACGGCCGCAUCGCCGAGCUGCAGGAGCAGCUACGCGACGUCAUGUUCUACCUGGAGACCCAGCAGCAGAUCAACCAGAUGCCCGCCGACGCCCGCCAGGAGAUCCAGGAGGGGCAGAUUAACAUCGCCUCCGCCCCCUCCCAGCCCGGCCCCUCCCCUGCCGGCACGGGGAAGGUGGGGGGCAGGAAGGGACGGGGUAAAAGAGGGAAGUAAGAGGGAUGAGCUUGUGGAGAGAAAGAAAAGAAAGAGGAAAAAAGGCUGGUCAGUAGGAGAGUCCAUCACCUUCUAUUCCUCCACUUGCCAAAAACCAAAAAAAGAUGAACUUAAAAAAGCACAUCUUCAGCUUGUUUGUCUUUUAUUUGAGUAAGAGGUUUGAAUAAGAGGAAUAAGGAGGAGGAAAGGGAGACAUUUACAAGGAAUGAUGAUGGAGUAAACUUGUAAAGAAUCCCUAUCAUGUUGGGAAAGGGUAGGCUGCUGAAAGACAGACGCUGUGGAUUUUCCACCCGAAUGCACAGUAUAUUUUUUCUCUUGAUCCUCUCUCUAGCCUUAUUGUAAGUCUACCUCUGUUGCCAGGAAAACACGUAUAAGCAAAACAAUCAGCAGCGAGUCCAUCUGGCCUGCACCAAGUGCAGUCCACUGGAAUGGAACCCGGCCUGGCCUGCACCUUCAGAUCCACCUGAAGUAUAGCUUAGUUUUCAGCUGCUCAUUUUGUUCUUUCCUCUCCCUGCCUCUCUCUCCUCUUCAUCUGGGCCAGAGCCGUGCCAAGCCCAUCCUUAUUUAUUCACCUUGAUUUCUAAUACAUGUACAUGUAGUGCUUUGUGGAGAAGAAGAAACCAAACACUGAAAACUGGCUGAACAACUCAUAGGCAAGGCAGGGUAACAGUCACGGCCCCCAAGACAGGGGUGAGUUCAGUUGUCAGAUAUUCUGCAAAGUUUGUCAAUGGUGCUGACAAGAGGUGAUGUCUACAGUGCAGUUCUGUGGCACAAGUUGUUUGUUAUUCCCUUAAUUUUUAUGGGGAUACUAACUGAAUACUGACCUGUAUUUAAUGUCUUCACUAUUUAUCUCCUGCAAAUCCUUUGUUAAAUAAAUAUGUUGUCCAAGGAACAUUUAAUACUAAUAAAAAGUAAAAAAUAAAGGUGUUUAUUCAACUGCUUUGUUAAUAUGCAUCUUAAACAAGACUGACAUAGAUGCUUCAGUGAAAUGAGAAAAAGAGUUAUUCCUGGUCCAGAAACUGUUAAUUGAACAGCUUAAAUCUUAAAUUUGUGAUUAUCUUGUAAUACAGUUUUGUUAAUGAACAGAAAUAAGUUGAAGAAACACCUUUACAUAUGUUUCUGUUUGCUCGAACACUGAUCAAACCCAUACAGCUUCUUUCACAAAAGACUAAUGGCAGAUGUGUUCAAACCCAGAUUAACAGUUCAAAUGUCAAUCAAAUCAAAUCAUCAAAGAGAUAGUUAGAAUAAAACCCUGUAAAUGCAGUGUGGUCACAGAAUCAGGCCUGGGAGACAUUGGGAUAUAGAGUACACUCACAGUACACUGUUUAAGGACUUCAACUCCUAUCAGCACCUCAGCUGUUUUGCUUAUCAGUUUGACUCCAGGAUUCAGUGAAUGAGUUGCAAGAAAUGCUGGGAAAAAGUAUAGAUAAACGUUCUAGUUACAGGUUUGUGUGGAGUUUGUAUUACUUUGGCUGAAAAGAAGCCCAUUGCCAUAUAUAUGUACUGUUCAUUUUUGUUGACUUGUGUUAACUUGACUUUACUAUGUGUUUAGUGAUGUUAAUGGGCCCUUUUGAAUACACAGACUCAGAGGUCUUUAAAUUUUGGUCACAGAGGACCACAGCUCUGAACUUACGAAGCUGUUAUGAAGCUCAAUAUGACUUUUUUUCCACUUUUACAGUUGAUGAUUUUAAAUGUGCCAGUAAGUUUACACUUAUAUGUCAAUUCAGUGUCCUGCUGCUAUAUUUUGAAGACUGGAUAUAGUUAGUAAGUACACAUCAAAGUGAAUAAUUUGACUCAUUAUGCUGAGGAAUUAGUAAACCAUUGCACACACUGACCCUUGACCUCUUUUUAUGACCUCUGUACCCUUUUGUUUCAACAUUAGUGUUUUUGUCAGGUCUUUCAGUUAAUGGCAAACAUUAGCAGACAGACCUGCCAAAUUUCCGUUUAUUCACAGUGUAUUUAUGUGUGUGGACAAAUCUGCUCACUUUUCAAAACUAUGAAAGCAUA